AUGGGCAAGUCCAGCGACCGCAACGCCACCAUCGACCAGGAGUUCGCCUCCCUCGAGAAGGUGCUCAACCAGACCGCCGACGACGCCGCCAGGUGCCUCAAGCUGCUCAAGAAGAACCUCUCCGACUACGACAGUCGUCACGGCAACCACUUCGUCAACACGGCCGUCUCGUACCUGCGGAGCGACAUGCGCACGGCCAAGGACACGUCGGCCGACCUCAAGCACGUCGCACACCAGAUCAGCAAGAGCCCGCAGCCGUCCGAGGCCGAGGUCACCUCCGCGCGCAACAUGAUGGGCGCAGCCGCCAAGGCCAUGGACGUCCUGAACACGACGGCGCGCAACUACGACCAGAAGAACGGCCGCUCGAAGGGCGUCAAGGGCGCGAUCGACAACGUCGUCGGAGGUGGCGCUGGCCACGACCACAAGGAGAAGGACGGAGGUCUCUUCGGUAAGGACAAGGACCACGACAAGCACACGGGACUGUUCGGCAAGAGUGACGACAAGGCCAAGAACCAGGAAAAGGAGUCCAAGGGCGUCGGUGCUCUCUUCGGGAAGAGCGACGACAAGGAGAAGGACAAGGAAUCCAAGGGCCUCGCAGCCGUCUUCGGGAAGAGCGACAAGCACAAGGACAAGGACGAAAAGCACACCGGGCUGUUCGGAAGCAAGGACAAGGACAAGGACAAGGACGCCAACCACGGCGGAGGGAUCCUCCGAAACAAGGGCGACCACCACCACCACCACCAAGGCAGAGGAGGAGGCAUCCUCGGCAGCUCUGACACGGUCGAGGACCUGGUCAAGGCCACGCUGCGCGACAACUUCAACCUCAGCGCGCUGAGCCACCAGAUCACCAUCGCCGAGAAGUCGCUGUCGGCCUCGCCGUCCUUCGUGGAGCUCGCCAAGGAGGCGGUGAACGAGGUCAAGGACAAGCUCAAGGGCGACAAGUCGAGCAGCCCCACGCACGACGGCUACCACGCCCGCAAGCAGACCAUGACACCAUGA